AUGGGUGAAUUUGUGCCACCAGUUAGCCAGGACUCGGUCUCAAUGACCACUCCUGUGCAAUCCACAUAUGGCAGGUCGGCGACCGACUGCUAUACAUCACCACCCACGGCAAAAGAUCCUUAUCGAUACAUGGUUGGAUUUGGAAAUCGAUUUGCAUCCGAGGCAGUACCGGGAACGUUACCCGAAGGAGGCCGCAAUGUGCCGCAAAAAUGUGCCUUUGAUCUUUACUCGGAACAGUUAAAUGGCACAUCAUUCAUAUCAUCGAGGCAAACUUUGCAACAGGUAUGGAUGUAUCGUAUACGGCCCUCUGUAGCGCACCGGCCACUAGAGCCCAUGGCAGCCAACGAUGAUAUUGAAGCAUGUUUCUCUCCGUCGAAUCCCUCUAUUAAAUACACGCCUCUUACCUACACUUGGGGCCCUCUCGAUAUCCCUGAAGCGACAACCCCAACGACAUUUUUGACCGGUCUCAAAACAAUGGGUGGACACGGUGACCCAACAAAUAAAGAGGGAAUAGCAAUUCACAUGUACGCCGCAAACGCGAGCAUGGGAAACGAGGCGUUUUGCAACAAUGACGGCGACUUUUUGAUCAUACCAACUGAGGGUGCCUUGGAUAUCCAAACGGAGCUCGGUCGAAUGAUGGUUUGUCCUGGCCAAGUGUGCGUCAUCCAAGCUGGUAUUAGAUGGAAGGUUAGCCUGCCUGACGGUCAGGCGAGAGGUUACGUACAGGAGAUCUUUGGAAGUCAUUAUGAGCUGCCAGAGCUGGGCCCACUUGGUAGCAACGGAAUGGCGCUUCCUCGGGACUUUGAGAUCCCGGUAGCCAGUUUUGAUAUCGACGAGACCAAGUGGACUAUAAUCCACAAAUUGACAGGAGAGCUGUUCAGCUAUGAGCAAGCCUGGACACCAUUUGAUGUGGUGGCAUGGCAUGGAAAUUAUGCUCCGUACAAAUACGAGUUAUCGAAAUUCGUCUCAUUCAACAGCACUUUGAAAGAGCAGGUGGAUCCUACCAUACACACCGUUCUGAUGGCCAAGUCAAAAAUACCCGGGGUAUCCCUCACAGAAUUUGCAGCCUUUCUACCUAAAUGGCAAACCAGUACCAAUACCUUCCGCCCUCCAUAUUACCAUCGCAAUAUGGCAACCGAAAUUGGAGGUCUUAUCUACGGCAAAUACGGAGGCAGUGCAAGAGAACAGGUUGCUGGCGGCCUAACACUGGAAAAUAGUUACAUGCCACAUGGAGAAUCCUACGAAGCAUGGGUAAAAGCAACUUCUGAACCUCUGGAGAAUGUGCUAGUUGGAACAGAUAGCCUCGGUUUUAUGCUUCACAUAAGUUCGCAUUUCUCAGUCACCAAGUUCGCUAUGGAAAGACACAACUGUAUCCGGCCUCAGCGGGUCGCUUUCUGGGACAAUGUUAAGGGACCGUUCCUCGACCAUAUUCCAGCCAUCAACAAGAUGUUGCAGGAACAGGGACUGGCUCCUUUAGGAACCCCUCAGUAA